AUGCAGCAGGCUGCUCCUGUGAAGCCUACUACUGCUGGUGCCGGCGAGAAGAAGCCGAAGAAGGCUGUUGCUCCAAAGAAAGAGGCGGCGGGUACCAAGAGGAGGAGAACUGCUAAUGUGGAGAAGAAGAAGCUGAAGGUGGUUGCUGCAGUGUCAGCGAAAGCCAAGAAAACUCCCGUCAAGAAAGCUCCGGUGAAGAAGGCGGUGAAGAAGCCUAAGAGCCUCAAGUCGCCAGCGAAGAAGCUUAAGAAAUGA